UUACUUGUAACGGUGAGGGGAAACAAAGGUAUGGCCCUCCUGUGCUACAACCGGGGCUGUGGCCAACGCUUCGAUCCCGAAACCAAUUCGGACGAUGCUUGCACUUAUCAUCCAGGGGUUCCAGUGUUUCAUGAUGCAUUGAAGGGUUGGUCUUGCUGUAAGAGAAGAACAACUGAUUUUUCUGAUUUCUUAAGCAUUGUAGGCUGUACAAAGGGGAGACAUAAUAAUGAGAAACCUCCUGAGCCAGUAAAACCUGAAGUCAAGACCACUGAGAAGAAAGAAUUAUCUGAAUUGAAACCCAAAUUUCAAGAACACAUCAUUCAAGCCCCUAAGCCAGUAGAAGCCAUUAAAAGACCAAGCCCAGAUGAACCAAUGACAAAUUUGGAAAUAAAAAUAUCUGCCUCCCUCAAACAAGCACUUGAUAAACUUAAAUUGACACCAGGAACAGAAGAAAAGAAAGAAGAAGAAAGUGGUGAAAUUAAGAUUGGGACCUCAUGUAAAAAUGGAGGCUGUUCAAAGACAUACCAGGGUCUAGACAGUCUAGAAGAAACCUGUAUAUAUCAUUCUGGAGUACCUAUUUUCCAUGAAGGGAUGAAGUACUGGAGCUGUUGUAGAAGAAAAACUUCUGAUUUUAAUACAUUUUUAGCCCAAGAGGGAUGUACAACAGGGAAACACAUGUGGACUAAAAAGGAUGCCGGGGGGAAAGUUGUUCCAUGUAGACAUGACUGGCAUCAGACUGGGGGUGAAGUCACCAUUUCAAUAUAUGCUAAAAAUUCACUUCCAGAACUUAGUCGAGUAGAAGCAAACAGUACGUUGUUAAAUGUGCUCAUUGUAUUUGAAGGAGAGAAAGAAUUUCAUCAAAAUGUGAAAUUAUGGGGCGUGAUUGAUGUGAAGCGAAGCUAUGUAACGAUGACUGCCACAAAGAUUGAGAUCACCAUGAGAAAAGCUGAGCCUAUGCAGUGGGCAAACCUUGAA